CGAUAUGAGCACCAGCUAUCGUGAGGAAAAAUUCAGAGGGAACCAGCUACUAGAUGGUUCGAUUAGUCUUUCGCCCCUAUACUCACGUCAUACGAUCGAUUUGCACAAUCGCUACGGUCCUCCACCAGAGUUUCCUCCGGCUUCAACCUGCGCAAGCAUAGUUCACCAUCUUUCGGGUCUCAACAUGUACGCUCUUGCUCCGCCCCGGUGUAGCACAUCAUGGGACGGGCUGGUGAUGCGCCCAUCGGUCCAAUGCAUGAUCAGGUCAGCUCAGCAAGCCGCCGCCUACAACACCACUAGCAAGCCGCCGCCUACAACACCACGAGCAAGCCGCCACCAGGUCGAAUUGACUCAACAACAGGUGACCAGACUUGCCACGCGCCGGCAGGCUAUAGAACACUCACCGUUGCCAACACGUCGACAGCUCCACCGCACUACACAGUCAGUUGGCCCUGGCAGACUAACGGCGAUCGUGGCUUACACCCUGAGAAAGUGCACCGGCCAGCAGCUGGGUCUAUGUACAUAUUUAAUACAAACAUCCACUGUCAAAUCCGCUCAUAGAUAUCCAAAUUAG